AGAGAUUAUUCGAUAGAAAUGGAGACAGCUGCCCUUGUAGCUCCAAUAACAUGUUUGGAGUUCUUUAAGGAAGAGUUCUUGUUUACAGGUGAGGGUCCAGUCUUGUCAGUGUACAGUCUCCAGCCUCACCCUAAAGCUUGCACCUCGCUGAGUGUCCUGCAGCACAACAGAAUCCACGGGAUCAGACAGAGAAGUCAGGACACUUUGUCAACACUGAGCUCUGCCACAGCAGGGUGCCAUCAAAGGGAACAGGAGCUUGAAUACGUUAUUUUCUUUCACAAAUUAACAGACUGUCCUUUUUACUGUCGAUCCCCAGGACAGAGCUCCACCCCAGAGCUCAGCCUCCAUGACCUGGCCAUAUUUGGAGGUAAAGCUGUGGGGCUGGUGAGGUUCCAUGUGGACUGUGAGGAUGUGAAGCAUCUGCGUUUGGAGACCCUGGGUCCCCUCCUGGAGCUGCCCGAUUGGAUCCUGGAUGCCCGCUGGCUCUCUGGACAUAAACAGUCGCUCAUUUGUGUGGCUGUAGCUCACAAUGGCGUCCUCCUCCUGGAUGCCGUCAGAGGAGAGGUGGUGCUUCAGUGCUCCUGCCUGGAGGGUUGUUUACUGUAUUCUGCACUACUUCUGGUACACCAAUCCUGGGCGGAUACCGUCUUAAUCGGAGGGACUGUUUUCAACCAGCUGGUCAUCUGGAAACCCAGCGGAGAAGAUGACAGCAGAGUUUUGGGGCACAAAGCCCCAGUGAAGCGCCGUCUGUUGGGUCACACUGGCGUCAUCUUCAGCAUCUCUUACCUCCAGGAGAACGGUUACCUGGCUUCAGCCUCUGAUGACCGCAGCGUGCGGGUGUGGGGCGUCGGUGUGUUAGGCGGUCCGGGUGGGAAAUGUGGAGACUUGAACCCGACCUGCUUAAGAGUUCUCUAUGGUCACCAAGCCAGAGUGUUCUCGGUGCAUCUCUCCCCAGGGAGAGUGUUCAGUGCUGGGGAAGAUGGCACCUGUUUGGUGUGGGACUUGGCUGGAGAAGGGAAGGUGGUCUGCGUGCUGAAAGGCCACCGAGCGGGGGGGGUCCGCGCUCUGGCGGUCAGCGAGGGACCGGGAGGUGCCCGGAGAUGGGUGGCUACGGGAGGGGCGGACGGAGGGGUGAGGCUGUGGAAGGUGGAUGGCAGCGAUGAUGAGAACUCAGGGACAGCAGGGACGGAGAAGCUGACAGACCUGAAGUUCCCCGCUUACGGCUUGCCUAAAGUAGUUUGCGCGGCAGGACAAGAGGCUGAACGCACAAGCUGGAGCCAGUUCCUGGUUUGCACCGACCUAGGGGUUGUAUGCCAGUACAAUGACGGAAAGUGGGAGAAAUUGUGGCAGGGAUCUGAUGACUUUAGUUCCUAUGUUGUGAUGGACACAAUAGCUGUCAAUGUGAAGGACUCGGCCACCACAGUUACUCUGUGUGCUGUGGGAAACCUCUGUGGGUCCUUACAGAUCCUGCCCACCGCUCAGCCUUCAUCCGGUGUCCGUCUUUCCGGCGGAUCAGGGAAGAUCCACAGCCUGAUUUGGCUAAGAGGAAAAGAAAGCGUGUAUCUGCUGGCGUCGGGUGCUGAAGGGCUUGCGUAUCGCUGGCGCGUCAAAGUAGAAAUAAAUGAAGACUCUCGCCCGGUUUUACAUGUGAAGGCUCUCCCGCCCCUCCUCCUGCCUCACUGCGCUAAUCGCUGGCUCACCGCAGCAGUUCGCCUCCGGCCCGCUCCCGGGGAGGUGCUGUGGGUGUGCGGGGACCGGAGAGGGUCCCUGCUUCUGUUUCAGGAGGAAAAAAAGACCUCGGACGUCGAGGAAACGAAUAAACGAGCUGCAGACGCACAGGAGGAGACGGGAGAAAGCAGAGAAACGCUGCAGGCGCGCAGCGUUCUGUUUGGAGCGCACGACAAACAGGGCGUCACCUCAGUCCGCGAGUUCAGGGGGCUGCUCUACAGCACCGGCAAGGACGGACACGUGAGGGUUUUCCGAGUGCGUCGAACAGGGCGAGACGAAAGCGAAAAGAUCGGACCACAUGGAACAGGAGAGAGUGUGAGGACGAGCGAGGGGCCGCAGCUGGAGGUUCUCAGAGUGCAGCGGGCCUGCAAGGGAAUGGAGUGGCUGGAGGGGGUUCUGUUCCUACAGUCUGAAGUUCCACAGGAGCAGGAGGACGAUGCUGUGCAGCGGUGCGAGAGUCCAGAGGAGAGAAACCAUAACCUGGCAGAGACGUUUGAGGUGGCAGGGGAGAAUUUCAAAGGAAGGGAAGCUCGAUUCGUCAUUGUGGGCUUCCACGCAGCCCACUUCGUGGUCUGGGACCCGCUGAGGCAGGAGAGACUGCUGGCCGUGCCCUGUGGCGGGGGGCAUCGCUCUUGGAGUCUUUGGCCAUCGCACACGGGGCUUUGGCCCGGAUACGGAGCUUUGGUCUUCAUCAAGCAGGGGGCAGUCCUGACCUCGCAACCCCCCGGGGAGGCGCCGGGCCGGGGCGGGAAAUCGGGAAGGAGCGGAGGGUGGGGUUUGCGAGAGGGCGUCCACGGGAGGGGGAUCUGGUGUGUGUCCAGGCUGGGGAGGAUAGGGGAGUCAGGAAAUGAUAUUCUAUCAAAGCCCGCCGAAGGUAAAACCCAAAAUGUCUGCGGCGAGAGCCAAAAAGGCCACUGGGAGAUCGUUGUGACGGGGGGAGAGGACACUAGCUUGGCCGUCCUGGCGCUGCAGCCAGUUUCCGGGAUUGUCAAGGUUCUCUCGGUCAUCACCGACCACAUUUCGGGCGUCCGCUCGCUGGCGGCCGUCCCACGUCCAGCGGGAGGGAGCGACCGGCCGUCUCUCUCCGCCCUGCUGGUGUCAGCCGGCGGCCGCGCGCAGAUCCAGUGCUACCGGCUGUGGGUCGGCUGGGACAGGCGGACGCUGGCGCCCUCCUGUCAGGUGAUCCAGGUGGCCAGCCACCGAUUAGAUGAGCGGUGGGAAAAGAAGCGGAACCGACACAAGACCGUGAAAAUGGACCCGGAAACGAGGCAGUUCUCUUGUGUUUUUAGGUAUGUUUCUGUGGCAGUGGUUGAGGACACGGGUGACUGCGUCAUUCUGGCUUUGGCCUGCAGCGACGGGGCCGUCAGGUUGUUCUCCGUCAGUGAAGUCAGAAAUCAAAUUGAUUUGUUGUGGGAAACGUUUUACCACCAGCGCUGUGUGCUCAGUGUGGCCACCUGCAGCCUGAAUGAUGACAGUGGCAACAGGUAUAGGCUGCUGUUCAGUGCUGCUACAGAUGGGAAAAUCACAGUGUGGCAUUUGACUGGAGCUCCAUCCCCAUCCGCUGAUGAUGUGAGUGGUUCCACAGCCCCUCCAGUCCCCAGUCUUGACAUUCCCGCCCACCAGAGCGGCAUCAACUCAUUGGCUGUUUGGGAAGAGAAACGGGGACAACAAGAGGGCGGUUGCCUGGUAACCGUUGCUAGCGGAGGGGAUGAUGGGCAGCUGACGGUGUCCACAAUAAAGGUGCAGUAUCCUCUUCCUCAGCCUUGUGGCACUCACGAUUUACCACAAGCCCGGCCGCUUGGGGUCGAGCUUCAGUCCCAGACGCACGUCCCUCUGGCUCAUGCUGCCCCCCUCACCGCCCUGAAGCCGCUGAGCCCAGGGCUGUUGGUCUCCACCUCCUCAGAUCAAAGGGUCUGCCUGUGGAGGGUCAGCAGUACCGGGAUCAGUCACAGCGGGGUGCUGUGCUCCCACGUAGCCGACGCUGCCGGGCUGGCAGUGUGGGAGGGGGAGGGGGAGGGGGGCAGCCAAAAGGAGGGGACAGCAUUAGAGCAGGUAAACAAAGUGCGUGGGGGAAUAGGGAGUCUGACACCAUUAACGACAGAGAGUGAGAUAACAGGGGGAGGGCCAGUGGGUGAGGUUCAGAAAGCGCCCGAAGCGUCCGAGGGCAGAGAACCCACCGUAGCGGUGAGUGAGAGAGGUGACCCACUUUGCGAGACCGGGGAUGGCACCGGUAAUCCAAUAGAUCAAGCGGGGCGCCGCGGUGGGGGAGAGGCAGUGAGCGAGGCCAACGGCAAGACGGGUCAGAGGGCUUCCUGUGAGAGCGGGCGAAAAGGGCCGGAGGUGGGAUGGGUGCUCGUCUGCGGCCAGGGCCUCCAGCUCCUACAAGUCAGAAUUCCACAGAUGGACGGAAAGAUGUGGAGAGAGAAAAGAGAGAAAGAAAACCUGCGACUUCAAGUGACUGUUCAAAAUCAGGCAGUUGGCACAGGACCAAAUGAAUGA